GCUGUCAUCACAACGAAUCCUACAAAGGAGCGUGCGCCGAACAAGGCCAGUGAUUUACUUGGAUGUAGUGAGGAUGAUGAUAAAUUGUAUUAGAUGAAUCGGAACAUAUGAGGCCUACUACAAGCCUUGAACAUGGUUGUUUGAUGAUUCAAGAAAGUAUGACAUAGUUUAUCUUCACUUUGGACUAAAUAUACCACUGAAGUGGUGAACAAGAAGUUGUCAUUAAGAUGUCUAGCCCGGCUCGUCAAGUUGGCACCCGCCGGCUGCCUCCGUUACCCCUAAACAAACGGAUUUCCAGCCCCUACCAAACUUACAGAAACAACAGCUUGUUAAAUUGUAGCACCCCGUCAUAUUCAACAGCCAAUAAUAGGCAGCAGUUCUUUCACACAGGUGGUGGUGGAGGUAGUGGAAAAAAUAACUUAGGAAACCAGAUGGUGGUAACUGGUCAAUCAACAACAUUAUCAGCUGGUAGUACAAAACAAUACCUUAUGGCACCAUCCUUUAAUCACCAUUCACACCAAAACACCUCAGUUCACAUUGACUCUGGUGAUGGCUAUCUGUAUCCUUCAGAACCAUUAAUGCCUGAGCAAGUGAAAACAUUUCUAAAUGAAAAUCCAGACUUCGUGGAAGAGUAUGUUUUGAAUAAUAUCAACCAAUCACAACUAGAGAAAUGGAUUGCAAGGCAUACGACAAAGCAUGAUAGUUCACGACAGCAUGUCCAUCGUGCACCAGUUAAUGGAAAAGAUUUUCACUCGAAGAGAUCAGUGAGAUGGAAGGGUUCUCAUCAAAAAGAUCGGCGGAAACUUUUGUUUGAACUGACACAGGAUUUGCAACAUCAGUCGCACAAAGUUUUUGUGCUUCAUGAGCUUGCUGAGUGCAUUGCUGCACGCAUUAAUGCUGAUAGUUAUCGGCUGUACCUCGUUAACGAAACAGAAACGGAACUGUAUGAAUAUAAACCAGGAGAGAAUUGGCCAGAGAUUACAUCAGCGCAGACAUGGUCGAUUGACAAGGGUAAAACAUUUGCAGGCUUCGUUGCCUAUUCUCAGACUGCCGUUCGUACCAACGACUUGACAGUGGCACACCUGCAGUAUCCUGAAGGCCUAGCACUUAAGGACACCACAAUCAAAGCAGCUCUAGGCCUACCGAUAUUUCAUGCUAAUGACACUGUAUCAGGCUUUUCAGGAAUAUACUUGUUUGGAGCUACUCUAGGUAUUUAUGCAAUAUUAAUCCCGAUUUAUAUACACAAACAUCUCCCCUCACCACACAUAAACAUACCCCCUCCACAAUAACCAUCUUUUAUUCUUGUAUCCUCAUCAUUGUACCUCUCACUUGGUUAUGCAUUUUAAUAGACACAUUCAUCGUCCAUGUUCUUAUGAUGUUUGCUGGGUGAUAGAUAGUUAACAAACAGCUAACGAUGCACAGUUUACGAAAAAGCAUGGUAGAUCUCUUUAUAGUGAGUUCUUUCAGUAAGGCCACUUGACUAAUCUGAAUUGCUUGGAAAUU